GAAAAAACUGUGUGGAUGCGGCUCCGUGACGUACCCGGAAGUGUCCCGUUCAGCAGGCUCGAAGCUAACAGCUAACACCUGGAGCUCCGGAGCGACACACAGGUGAGGGGACAGACCGACAGACAGGCAGGCUCUGUGGAUGGAAGUGUGGAGCCCUGCCAUGGGACCGGAGAGAGUCUUGCCGAACUCUGAGGACGAGCUGGGGGGGGAGGAGCGACCUGGAACCCUGCUGCCGGUGUGGAACGGGGGGGAGGGAAACGGGGAGGGUGAGGAGGGAGGUGAGACGGAGCUGGACGGAGAGGAAGAAGAGGAGGAAGAGGAGACGAACAAUGAAGGGGGAUAUUAUUACCAGCCUCUGAACCAAGAGCCUGAGGGGGGGCACUUCCUCCCCCCUGGGCAGCCAGGGGAGGAGGGGGAGGAGGAGGGAGACGCCCCCCCCUCACACACAGAGCAGCUGCAGCAGGUGCAGCAAAGGAUACAGGUGAUGGGUCUGCACCUUCCUGAAGCCCCCCCUGCAGAAAGUGAGGAUGAAGAGGAUGCUGAGGGGGCGGCGGCCCUGAGGAGCCGAGCCUCCAUCCCCAUGGACGAAGACCAUGUGGAGCUGGUGAAGAGGACGAUGGCGGCCGUGGCCCUUCCGGCGCUGGUGGUGCCGCUGUGGGCCCGCGAGAUCUCCGAGGCGCAGUGGAAGGACAUGGUGGAGAACACGCUGCAGAGCCGGCAGAAGAUUGAGCUGCCGCACCGCAGCGGGCCCUGAACGCACCAGGAGCCCUUCAGGGACAAUGGCAGAGGGUGGGGAUUAAUGGCACCAGGGGGACUUUCUAAAAAAAUCUGAUUUUGUUUUUGCCCUCGAAGAUGAAGCCGAAUGUUUUAAACUUAAUUUUUAACUUGUACUUUAACACCAAGUCAUUAAUAUUUAUUACUCUAUCAGAUAAAAGGAUAUUUAACAUAAAGCUGAAUGAAUUAGAUCUGCAGGAACCUGGUUCAGGAAAGCAAAUAAGAACUGUGCAGAUUAUUUCUUAGAACCUCCAUUUUCACCAGACCUUUCUUUAACAGGCUUCACUUCCUACAAUGAUUUAUCUCCAUUUUGUACAAACUCAGAAACGUAAAGACGCUAAAGCUGACUCAUGUUUAGUUGUAAACCUUCCUGCAGAAUAAAGUGUGCAUGAGAUUUAAAGUUUGUGAAUAAAGGUCAGAAGUCA